UUCACAUUUUUUGUAAUAAUUUUAAAUCAUAAAUUUGAAGAAUAUUUUGUGAGAUCGCAUUGAUAAUUUUCCAAGCGGUUUAUUUGUUUCGUAGUUUUCAUUAAUAAAAGACUUAAAUAAUUUUUCUGUAAUUUAAUAAUGGACGUUGCUAAAAAACAAUUAAACACUAUAAAAGUUAUCCAUACACGAUUAACUGAAACGAUUAAAAGACAUAAAAAUGAUCUUGCCAAUAAUUAUAAUCAAGAAAUUGAACGCCUUAAAAAAGAACAAGAAUCAUUAAAAGCACAAAUUGAAGUUGAAUUGACAAAAUUACAAAAAGGAAAAAUUCAAAUUGGAACCGACAUUGAAAGUGGUGUAAAAAGUUCUGUUGUUGAUGUUGGUAAAGAUCACAUUUCAAUUGAAAAAACAGUUUCAAAAGAAAAUACUGAAGUAAAAAAAGAAUUUUCUAAAACUGAAAAGAAACAAAAAAAAAAUAAUCCUGCACCAGCAAAAAGUACAAUUACCACCCCAGUUGAUUUUGGUCGAUUAGAUUUACGUGUUGGUAAAAUUUUGAGUGCUUCUAAACAUCCAAAUGCUGAUGCUCUAUAUGUAGAAACUAUUGAUGUCGGAGAAGAUAAACCAAGGAAUGUGGUAAGUGGACUAGUGAAGUUUGUACCAUUAGAAUCAAUGUCUGAUCGUAUGGUUGUGGUGUUGUGCAAUUUAAAACCAUCUAAAAUUAGAAGUAUUUUAUCUGAAGCAAUGGUGAUGUGUGCUAGCUCACCAGAAAAUGUUGAAAUAUUGGAACCACCUUCAGGUUCGGUUCCAGGAGAUAUCGUAACUGUAAAUGGAUAUUCCAGAUCUCCAGAUAAGGUAUUAAAAGUAUUUGAGGAAAUUGCAGUGGACUUAAAAACUGAUGAAAAAUCUCAAGCUACUUACAAAGGAAUUCCUUGGACAGUAUCUGAUAAAGGAGUUGUUGUUGCAGCAUCUUUAAAAAAUGUUCAAAUUAAGUAAUUUACUCAAAUAUUAUUUAUCUUCAUAAUUCUUAAUUCUAUCAUUAAUAUGAAAAAUAAAUCAAUUUGUAAUAAUCAAUUGAGCUGUUCAUAUUAUACUGACAUAACUAAAA